UACCGCACCGUAGCAUCUCCCCUCGUAUUCGUAUAUUUCUCUCCUUGGAUCUCUCCUUAAACCCUCUCCAUAUGAAAGCCAUCACCAAACCUCUCUCUGUUCUUUCUGUUCCAAUUCCAUCUAGUUUUACGGGCCCCUUCUCUGCAAAUUAAGCUAAUUAACCUGUCUAUUACCUUUUCAUUCAUAGUCAUCGUUAUCAUCACCAUCAACCUGUGCUGUUCUAGCUGUAAUUGCUUUGAUUGAUGCCGAUUGCUAGCGCCCCUGUAUCGCCGCCGAUCGAUCACGUUCUUUCGGCGGGGUCGACAAUGCUGCCGAUGCAACCACCGCCUAUAUGUGUUUCUGACUCCUUCGCCAAAGACGCAUUCAUUUCUUGGAUUCGGACCGAGUUUGCGGCUGCAAACGCCAUCAUCGACACUCUAUGUAGUCAUCUAGCUCUGCUAGCUAAGCUAGCGGACGCUUCUUCUGACUAUGACUCCGUGUUCGAUGCAAUUCAUCGUCGUCGUCAUACCUGGGUCCCAAUACUGCAGAUGCAGAAAUAUGACUCCAUUGCUGACGUGACGUGGGAGCUCCGCAAAGUGGCAGGGAAGAAAACUGGGACUAAGGAAAUCGGAGAAGGUGAAAGGAGGAAUGAGGAUUUAGGGAAUCAAUUGGAUGAAAAAACGAAAAUCGAAGAGAAAGGAAUGGGAACUAGUGUAAAUUCUGAAGGCGACGAAUGUCCCGAAGAGUAUGAUUCGCCUAACAGCGAAAUUACUGAUUCAGGAUGCCAGGAAGUGCAAGGAAGUUUGACAAACAUCAACAUAUGUUCAAAGCAUGAAGAAUGCCAAGGACGUUCUUCACAGAUGACGUUGAGGAAAGGUUUUCAAGCGAAGGAGACAGUGAGGGGCCAUAUGGUAAAUGUUGUGAAGGGAUUGAAGCUAUACGAGGACAUUUUCACCGAACACGAACUCAGCAAGCUCACUGAUUUUGUCAAUGAGCUUCAUGCUGCUGGCAAGAAUGGAAAACUCUCUGGGGAAACUUUUAUAUUAUUUAACAAGCAGAUGAAGGGGAACAAACGAGAGCUGAUUCAGCUGGGAGUGCCAAUUUUUGGACAGAUAAAGGAGGAUGCGAACAGCAAUAUAGAGCCAAUUCCAUCUCUCCUCCAAAGUGUCAUUGAUCACCUUAUCCAAUGGCGUCUACUUCCCGAAUACAGAAGGCCAGAUGGUUGUAUCAUCAACUUUUUUGAAGAGGGGGAAUAUUCUCAGCCAUUCCUGAAACCACCACACCUGGAUCAACCUCUGUCCACUCUUCUUCUUUCUGAAUCGACUAUGGCUUUUGGGCGUACCCUUACGAGCGAAAAUGAUGGGAACUACAAAGGGCCACUCAUGCUCUCACUGAAGAAGGGGUCUCUUCUAGUGAUGAGAGGCAACAGUGCUGACAUGGCGAGGCACGUCAUGUGUCCAUCCCCAAACAGAAGGGUCAGCAUCACCUUCUUCAGAACGAGGUCAAACUCCAAUCAAUGUCAAUCACCAACUCCUUCAAUGGUGAUGAGUGCCAUGACUUUCUGGAAACCCGGAAUUUCUGGUCCAUAUGCGUUGCCAAGUGUACCUCCCAGUGGACCCGAGGCAAUGGGAAUGAUGCCCCAAUGGGGAAUCCUGCGAGCUCCACUGGUGAUGUUAGCCCCUGUAAGCACUCGAGAAUUAGCUGGUGGAGGAGGAACUGGGGUGUUCUUGCCCUGGAAUGUGCCAUCCAGAAAACCUGCAAAGCAUCUUCCACCACGAGCUCAACGAGCUCGACUUCUAGCUUUACCUUCCUCAGUUGAAUCACACAUCUCAGACUCUUCUUCUGAACCCAGCGUUAGUGCUUAAGGGAAGCCUUGGUUCAGGAAGGGUAUAUCAUGCCUGAGUUAUUUCCUUCAACAAACAAGGUCCAGCUGUCACUGGAGGAGUUUGGUUCUCAACCCUUUUUUUUUUUUUGGUAUUUUCCCCCCUCACUUUUUCUUCAUUACCUUCAGAGUAGAUCUAGUGGUGUUCACAGUAGUUCUUUCAUGGAUGCCAAUCACAGUAUAGAGCAGCCAAGCAAGUUAAAAUUAUAUGAAGAUCUAGCCCUUGUUAUUAUGUGAUGAUCAUCCCUAGUUCAACUUGUCAAAUUUGCUAUAAACGUGUAGAGAAGAAGCUAGCAUGGUUAUUUGAUCAUUUGUUAAUACAAAUCUCACCAAAGAAAAGGCAUGCAACAAUUGCUCUAAGUAUGGUUGAAGCCCUGCAUUUGCAUGAAAAUUAAGAUAAACCACACGACUUAUAAAUA